UGACGCAGCGGGGCAAUAAGUAGGUGAAAAGUGGCAGUACGGGGCCAGUUAAUCAUUUGAGACUCUUUGUUGGCGGAAGACGGAACUUUUUGCUGCCGAACACAAGUUUUAACGAUGGUCCUGAAUCAGUGUCGACUCGCUCUUGUCAGAUUCAACCAGCCGGUGAAGUGGAACGAAAGUACUUUUACCCGAGAUGGAGGCUUCGUGACCGCUCCGUGGGGUGUCUGUUCACCCGUGCCGAGGCUGACAGGUGUCCGCACCUCAGCGGGUUUCAUCUCUCCAUCUUCCAGCAGCUCGGAGAAGCCGCCAUCGAGACGGAGACUGACGGUUUCCAACCUUUCUGCUGCAACACAGACGACCGUCAGAGGGCUGAGCACCUCUGUCAGAGCUCUCCAGUACGAUCUGAAACCAUCCAUACCAAACUCUGAAGGCCGGAAGCUGUUUUUCGAUACGCAUGCGGUGGUGCGACUCCUCGAGGACAACGGCUUCACCACGCAGCAAGCUGAAGUGUUGGUUAGAGUGCUGGUGACGAUGACAAACUCCAACAUGGACAUCAUUUAUAACGACAUGGUCACCAAGGUGCAGCAGGAGAUCAUGUUGCAGCGUGUGAUGUCUCAGAUUGCAGCUGUAAAGAAGGACAUGAUAAUCCUUGAGAAGAGCGAGUUCUCUACUCUGCUGGCAGAGAAUGAGAAACUCAAGAUCCAGUUGAUACAGCUCAAGGUCCAACUGGCUGACGUCAUGAACACUGUGCGCUCAGACACCAUUCUGGACAUGAAUUUGGAGAAAAGUCGAGUAAAAGAACUGAAAGCAGAGCAUGAGAAGAAGCUUCUAGAAGCACGGACUGAGAUUAUGGAAAUGACUGCAGAACAGGAUCGCCAUUUGACUCAGACAAACAUGAAGAUAGACACUGAAGUGGCCGGUUUGAAAACCAUGUUAGAGUCUCACAAACUGGACACCAUCAAAUACCUUGCAGGUUCAGUGUUCACCUGUCUCACUGUGGUGUUGGGUUUCUAUCGCAUCUGGAUGUAAACGGAUGCUGAUUUAUACGACCUGUGGUAACACUUAGAUGCAUCCUCACAAUUGAACAAAAUGCAAAGACGAGUCGUCGUUUCCGUCUGACCUCACUUUGUUGGAUUUUACUGUUCAAUUUUCUCAGAAAUAGGAAUAAUGGAAGAACAGCUCUCCCACCUGGUCACUGGUGGACAUUUUGGAUUCAUGAUCCCUUUGGCCAUUUAUUUAAUUAUUUUUUUGUUCCUUUGCUAUUCCUGAGCUGCUGGAACAAAGCUGAACAAUGCACUUAUUAAAAAUGUUGUAUGUUUUUAUUCAGAUGAGAAGUCACUUUCUCCAUUCAUGUCAUGCACACGGUUAGAUAUUGACCUCCCAUUCAGCUCAUGCUGUUUGAAGCUAAACUAUUUUUUAAUGCCAUGCAUUUUUGCUCUGUAUAUAUUUUCAAGCUCUGGAUACUGGAGAGAAAUUUGAAGGUGACUCUGACUGUUAACCACUCUGGUAUACGAAUACGAACAUUUAACUUAUAUUAAAUCGUGUUACAUUGUUGGACAGAUAUUAUUUAUUAUUUGAAUGAAGUUAAUUGUAAAUAAAUGUAAUCUUUGCAAACGUAUUGUUUCUGUUGAUGGUGUUGUGUAAGGUUUUAUAAGUCUUGCUGAAACACAUGAUUUAUUGUAUUGUGUCUUGGUUUCAAAAUCUUAAGCAAUAAAGUGAUAACAAGCAUGAUAUUUGUUCUGUGUGUUGCAACUCAGUGACCUGGAAGUGUAUUUUUGUAAUGCUAUUCUUUCUAAGGUGAGCAGUGAGUAAUUUUCAGGGGAGAGUAAACAUUUUCCACAAAAGCAAAUGGAAGAUGUGAUCAUAAACUGAUUGCGUGCUUCUUGUUAAUCUAUGCUUGGAUUAAGCUGUUUCAACAUGCAAAUACACAAAACGUUGUCUGUGGUGAUGGUAAAGGUGUGUCUUUGUGAAAGUUAAGCAUUUCUUGUACCUGAAAAAAACUAUGACCAAACAAACAUUGAAGAAUUUCAGAUGAUUACAGACAAUAAAAUGGUGUUCUUAAAAAUG